CAGACUGAUCAGUGCUCCUCUUGACUUUGUCCACUGCUUCACCACAGUUCUACAUCGUGCGCUCUACCUUUGACAGUUUGCUCUGAAAUUUGUCAUUUCGCGCUGCCCCCUGGUGGAUUUUAAUCUGUCCGUUUCUUUACUUCUCCCCAUUAAUUAGCAUUAAAACCGGUGCGUUUUGUCGAUGGCGGAGGGUGUGCGCCCUGAGGACUAUUGUGAUGAGCCGGCGGAAGACGAGUUUGGAGAAAUCAUCAAGUGUCGAUCUGAUGAAAGAGAAGACGUUCAGAAGAAGACUUUCACAAAAUGGGUAAACUCACAAUUGGCUAAGACAGGGAAACCACCUGUGGAGGACCUGUUCUCAGACCUGUGUGAUGGGCGACGCCUGCUAGAACUGCUGGAGGGACUAACAGGACAUGAGCUGCAAGAAGUUCCUGAGUUCACCCCACCAUCUGGCCGUGGCCUUCCUGUGCGGUGUUUGCAUGCAUUCUGUCCGGGUACUCCGGCUUCCUCCAAAGACAUGCAUUUAGUGCGUUUAGGUCAGUUGGUGCCUGUUGCCCAUAGAGUGACCACCACAAUGGAGGUGAGAGUAGGUAAGACGACCUUCCUAAAAUUGUGGAAAUCAUUUGUGAUUUGUGUGCUUCCCGCAUCCCAUCUCCAGGUGGAAUUAGUGAAUAUUGGGGCAGCGGACAUCGUCGAUGGGAAUCACAAACUGAUUCUUGGGCUCAUCUGGAGCAUCAUUCUCCACUGGCAGGUUAAGGAUGUGAUGAAGGAUGUGAUGGAGGGCCUACAGCAGACUAACAGUGAGAAGAUUCUGCUGAGUUGGGUUCGUCAGAAUACACGCCAGUAUCCUCAGGUCAAUGUGGUUAACUUCUCCAGUAGCUGGAAUGAUGGACUGGCUUUCAAUGCCCUCAUCCAUAGCCACAGGCCUGAACUUUUUGAUUGGAGCUCUGUGGAGAAGAAGACCUCGGCAGUCGACCGACUGGAACAUGCCUUCAGUAAGGCAGAGCAACACCUGGGGAUAGAGAGGCUACUGGACCCUGAGGAUGUGGCAGUGGCUCACCCUGACAAGAAGAGUAUCAUCAUGUAUGUGACGUCACUCUUCCGGGUACUUCCGCAAAGUGUUUCUAUGGAAGCCAUCCAAGAGGUGGAGACGUUACCUCAGGCAGCCACAGCCAAUAUCACCCGUGUGACAACAGAGGAACACUAUCAGAUCCAGACCAAGCAGCGCUUCUCUGAGCAGAUUACAGUGAAUGUGGCUCAGGGGCGAGUGCAGAGCCCCUCCCCUCAGCCUCGCUAUAAAAGCUAUGCCUACACCCAGGCUGCAUAUGUCCAGUCGCCCGAGCAAAAGAGGAGGCGUUUUACUGAUCAGUUGCUGGAUCCCAGCCAAGAGGAGCUGCAGCAGCGUCUCAGUCCUCUGCCUGCAGGAACCACCAGCCUGGAAAGCUACCAGGCUGCACUGGAGGAGGUCUUGACAUGGCUUCUGUCUGCUGAAGAUGGUCUCCAGGGCCAGGCUCCUAUCUCCAACCAUGUGGAGGAGGUUAAGGAGCAGUUUCACACACACGAGGGGUAUAUGGUGGAGCUGACAACACACCAGAGCAGUGUAGGACGAGUCCUCCGGGCCGGUGCUGCCCUGCUGGGGGAAGGAAACCUGAGUGAAGAGGAGGAUUCUGAAGUCAGAGAGCAAAUGAACCUUCUCAACUCCCGGUGGGAGCACCUAAGAGUCGCUAGCAUGGAGCGACAGAGCAGACUCCAUGAAGUUCUAAUGGACCUGCAGCAUGAGCAGCUGCAGCAACUCACAGACUGGUUGGAUGUGACAGAAGCACGUAUUAAGAAGAUGGGGGCUCAGGCACUGGGACCUGACCUGGAGGACAUCAAGCGCCGAGUAGAAGAACACAAGCUCCUGCAGGAGGACCUGGAACUUGAGCAGGUGAGGGUGAACUCUCUGACCCACAUGGUGGUGGUGGUAGAUGAGAACAGUGGAGAUAGCACCACUGCUGCCUUGGAGAACAAACUUCAGGUGCUUGGUGACCGCUGGGCAGCGAUUUGUAGAUGGACAGAAGAACGCUGGAUUGUGCUGCAGGAGACUCUGCUGAAAUGGCAGCACUUCACCAAUGAACAGUGUUUAUUUGACUCCUGGUUAACUCAGAAGGAGGACAUGGUUGGGUCCAUUAAGACAACCAACCUGAAGGACCAGACAGAGAUGGUGGCCUGUUUGCACCAUCUUACUACUUUGAAAGCAGACCUUGAUGUUAAGCGCCCCACCAUGGACAAAUUAUGCUCAAUGAGCCAGGAUCUGCUGUCCAGUGUGAAGAACAGAGAGGUGGCCAGCAAACUAGAGGCCAGACUGGAUAGCUUUGCCCAGCGCUGGGAGCAACUAGUCCAGAUCCUAGAGAUGAGUAUCACCCAGCUCUCGGCAGCUGUCAGUGCAGCCCAGCAUUCUGAGCUAACCCACUCAGUAACUGCGACUGUAACCAAAGUGACAACAAGAGAGAAGAUGUCAGCUGUCCGCCAGACCCGAGAAUCGCCACCUCCACAGAAGAAGAGACAAGUAGUUGUGGAUUCUGAGCUCAGGAAAAGGUUCGAUGUGGAUUUCACUGAAGUCCACAGCUAUAUGACUCGUGGUGAAGCCAUUCUGCAGAGCCCUGAAUUCUCUGUGACACGCAAAGACAGCAGUAUUCAGGAGCUACAUGACAAAGUCCAGGCUCUCCAGGUGGCUCUGGCUGAACACCAGGGGGAUGUGAACUACCUGACUUCAGCUGUGGAGCUGGUCUUCCAGAAAGCACCACCAGAUGCUUUGGUGAAUGACAUUCACACCAUCCAGCCCAGUGUCAAUGGCAUCAACGAGGUGGGCCUGUACCUAAAGAAAGAGGCUGAGCCUCCAUUUGCUGUGCAUAUCAAGAAAGAACUGGACUUACUCAAUGCCCAGUGGGAAAACAUUUGCAAACAGGCCUAUGCAAAGAAGUCAGCUCUCAAAGGAGGCCUUGACAAGACCAUGGCUCUGAGGAAGGAGAUGCAGGAGAUGCAGGAGUGGAUCAACCAGGCCGAGGAAGACUACCUGGAGAGAGACUUUACAUAUAAGACACCUGAAGACCUAUGCAAGGCUGUUGAGGAGCUAAAGACGGCCCAGGAAGAGGUUCAUUCUAAGGAGCAAAAGGUCAAACUCCUGACUGCCAGUGUGAAUAGUUUCAUUGCCAAAGCCCCGCCCACAGCCCAUGAUGCUUUGCACUCAGAGUUGGAUGUACUGACAGCCAACUACCAGCGCCUGUGCAGCCGCCUUGAUGGGAAAUGUAAAACUCUAGAGGAGGUGUGGGCGUGUUGGUGUGAAUUGCUGUCCUACAUCGAGCAGGAGAAUGCCUUUCUGGACCAGUUGGAGGAGAAACUGGACAAGACAGAAAACUUGCCGGGAGGAUCUGAUGAGCUACAGAAGGUGCUGGAUAGCAUCGAGGUUCUUUUGCAGCACCCAGAAGACAACAGGAACCAGAUCAGAGAACUUGCCCAGACCCUGAUGGAUGGAGGUGUUCUGGAUGAGCUGAUUCAGCAAAAGUUGGAUGCUUUCAACACCCGAUGGGAUGAACUUAUGGCGAGGGCAGCACUCAGGCAAAAAGAGCUGGAGCAGAACCUCCAGUGGGCUCGGGAGAAUGACGAGAGCCUGAAGCAGAUCCAGGAAUCCUUAGCUAACACAGACCGCCACCUUACUGCAUACCUGGCUGAUCAAAUCGACGCUCAGCAGAUACCACAGGAAGCUCAGAAAAUCCAGUCAGAGCUGAGCAGCCAUGAAACGACCCUGGAGGACUUGAGGAAGAAGAACCAGAACAAAGACAAAGAGCCUUCCCCAAAGAUCAUGGGACAGAUGGACCUUACCCAGAAUAUGCUGGCAGAUGUGUGGACUAAGUUCCGACUCUUCCAGAAACCUGCCAACUUUGAUUCUCGGCUGCUCGAGUGUGAGCGCGUGCUAGCCUGGGUCAAAAGUCAAAUGGGGGUGCUGGACAUCCGCAGUGUGGAGCAGGAUGUGGUGCAGUCACAGCUGGAGCAGUGCAUGAAGCUGUAUAAAGCGCUGAGUGAAGUGAAAGGGGAGGUGGAGACGGUUAUAAAAACAGGCAGACAAAUCGUACAGCGGCAGCAGACUGAGCAGCCCAAAGAGCUGGACGACAGAGUGACCGCCCUGAAACUGCUGUAUAACCAGAUGGGAGCUCAGGUGACAGAGAGUAAGUUGGAGCUGGAGAACAGUCUGAAGUUGUCAAGGAAGCUGCGUAAGGAGCUGAACGGGCUCACAGAAUGGCUCGCCGCCACUGAUGCCGAGUUGACGAGGCGCUCUGCAGUGGAUGGAAUGCCCAGUGACCUGAAGGAUGAGGUGGCGUGGGCACAGUCCAUCCAUGGGGAGACAGAGAGACACCAGCCACAGCUGCAGGCAGUGGUGGACCUCGCCGAGGCCUUAAAGGCUGUGCUGCGCGGCCACGGAGGCCUGGUGGACGACAAAGUCAGCCUGCUGCACUGCAACUGGAUUGCAGUGACUUCUAGAGCAGAAGAAUGGCUCAACCUGCUGCUGGACUACCAGCAGCAGAUGCACAAGUUGGAUGGACAAAUACAGGAAGUGAAUGGAUGGAUCAAUGGUGCAGAGAGAAAAAUGAAUGAGAUAGACAGCCAGGGACCCAGUGAUGUGUUGAAGGUGCUACGUGCAGAGCUGGAACUCACCAGAGGAAAGAUGGAGGAGGUAAGGUCUCUGGGGCAAGAGUUAAUGUCCACCAGGGGGGACAACUGCCAGGCCCAGGUCAGACCCAAGCUGGAGCAGCUUAACCACAGAUUUGACACCAUCUCUCAGCGCAUUACCUCUGGAAUGACGGCAGCAUCAGCCAAAGAGCUGGAGCAGUACCACAGUGACGCGCAGGUCUGGCUGGAGCUCCUGGAAGAUGAAGUCAAACAAGGGGAAAACCUGAAGGAAGAAGAUUUCCUGGAGGACAAGGACUGUGAGGAGGGCGCAGUUAAGGAGUUACUAUUAAAAGGAGAGAGUCUACAGAAGAGAGUCCCGGAUCUGGACAAGAGAGAGGAGAUCAGACUUAAGCAUAACAAGCUGAACAUGAAAUACAACACAGUGAAGGACCUGCGCGUCCUUCGAAACAGGAAGGCAUUGGCCAUUGCGCCCCAGUGGUACCAAUACAGGAGGAAGUCACAUGACCUGCUUGCCUGGCUAGAUGACAUUCAGCGCAGAGUGGACUUACUGCCUGACCCGCCUGAGGGAGAGAGGGUCAAGGAAAUUGGCUCAGAGUUCGACAAGAAGAAGGAGGAGCUUAAGGAGGUGCAGGGCUUAGCCAAUCAGCUUUCAGAGGCUGGAGCCACCAAUCUAGUGGAGCCCCGCCAACUCCAGCUCAACACACGCUGGGUUGAGGUGGAGGGCAAGUUCAUACCCUUCAAAAGACAAUGUGUGAGUUUCAGUAGGCACAACUUGUGUAUCUACAGUACUAACAGAAAAUACUUUAAUUAUUAUGACGUAAAGGGGAACAUUGACAAGCUGCGAGGUCCCGUCGAUGGAGUACUGGCUCACAGGAAGGAGAUGAUGUCUGGUGCUCGACCUCUGGAGGGCCAAAGAAUCCAGGAGUCUGUCAACCUGCUCAGUAUCAACUGGGGCAAACUGAACAAGCUCUACCAGGACAGGCUUAAGCGUUGGCAGGAUUGUAACUCCAAGUGGCAGAAGUUUGUUUCGGAACAGAAGGAGCUUGAGGAGUGGCUGAACGAUGCUGAGGAGACUUUGAAACUGGCCGAGAGUGACCCAGGAGCACACAGACAGCACCUAAGGGACUUGACUGAGGAAAUACCCCUCCAGGAAGCGGUGCUGGGCAGAGUGAACUCUGCAGGGGUGGACAUAAGCCAGAUGAGCACACCAGAUGAUGCUUUGCAGCUUCAAUCACAGCUCAAAUUACUGAACGCUCGGUGGGCCAACGUCUGCCAGCAGCUUAACAAACGAAAAAGGAGACUGAAGCAGAUAACAUUUCCUGCUGAUAAACAGAAAGACAUCAGGAUCAUAAACACUCGCUGGUCUCAGGUGUCGAAGGCUCUUCCUGAACGUCAGUUGGAGAUCGAGGGUCUGCUGAAGGAGAUGGAGAAGUGUGAGAGUCAUCUGGAUGACCUGUCAGUCUGGGCAUCCAGCACCAGAGCCAAGCUGGAGCACAGCCCUGAGGGACCAUCUGCCAGGCUCAUUAACGAAGUGCAAGUCAAGCAGCCAGAGGUGGAGUGUGUGUUGGAGAAAGCUGAUCAGUUAUACAAGGACUCUCCUCUCGAGCAACCUGGCAAGAUGAAAUAUAUUAGGCUGAGGGAAUCUUGGACAGUAAUCUUGGAGCUGCUGCAGCAGCACAAGGAGAGGACGGCUGCUCAGCUUAUAACCAGAAAAGACAAUGAAGGUCUGACAGGAAGUUCCCAGCCUGAAUACGCAGCAUUGGCUCAGUUCAACAAGUCCUGGGCUGAGCUCACUGACUGGCUGACCAUGAUGGAUAACAUGGUACAGAACAAGCGGGUAGUGGUGGCUGACCUCGACGACAUCAACGACAUGAUCAGGCAACUCAAGGCUUCUCUACAGGAUCUUGAUCAACGCCGCCCCCUCCUGGAGACACAGAUCACAGCAGCCCAGAACCUGAAGAACAAAACCAGCAGCCAAGAGACCCGCAAUGCUAUUUCUGAACGCAUUGAUCGACUCCAGGCUUACUGGGAAGACUGUCAGACCAAACUGUCUGAUAGGAUGAAGCAGCUACAAAACAUGCUGCAAGACUCUACCAACUGGCUGGACGCCAAGAAGGGGGUGGAUCAUGUCGUCAAACAGGCCAAUGAGAGACUGGAUUCAUGGCAGGAGAUCACUUAUACAGUUGAUGCACUGAAAAAACAAAACGCUGAACUGAAGCUCUUAAUGAAGGAGCUGCAGCAAUCCCAGAUACAAGUCAAAGAAACCAAUACACUGGCCAACAAACUACUGACGCUAUAUGGCAACGAUGACACUCACAAAGUCACCCAGAUCAACAACAACAUGGACACUGCCUGCAUAUACAUCAACAAGCGUGUUUCAGACAGGGAGGCAGCUUUGGAAGCUGCUCUAAAGUUGCUGCAGCAGUUCUACUUUGAUUUGGAAAAGUUCCUCAACUGGCUCACGGAGGCUGAGACGACCUGCAAUGUUUUACUAGAUGCCACGAACAAGGAGAGAUUGCAGGAGCAGUCUGAGGCAGCAAGGAACUUGCUGGAACAGUGGAAGGACCUCCAAAUAGAGAUUGACGGCCACACAGAACUGUAUCACUCCCUGGAUGAAAAUGGGCAGAGGAUUCUUACGUCACUGGGGGACUCUGAGGAUGGGGCUCUGCUCAGGAGACGUCUUGGCAACAUGACCCAGCGGUGGAAUGACCUGCACAACAAGACCCUCCGCAUGAGGGCCCAUCUGGACUCAGAGAUGGCCCCCUGGAAGAGGGUUCACAUGUCACUGCAAGAACUGUUGAACUGGCUAAGGUUGAAAAGUCAGCAGCUGGAGCAGGAGCGACGUGUAGGGGGGGACGUCCCGGCCGUGCAGGCUCAGCUGGACAUACACCGGGGUUUCAAGAGGGAGCUGCGAGCGAAAGAGCCCGUUAUGACCAAGGCUCUGGAUGAUGUGGGACUCUUUCUGUCUGAACUUCCACAAGACACACCGUCACCUGAGCACAGAGAUAUCAGCCCAGAGGAGCGCGCACACAACGUGGGGCGAAUCCUGCGUAAGGAGGCAGACGAUAUGAUGAACAAAUGGGACCAGCUCAACACUGACUCAGAUGACUGGCAGAGGAGAUUAGAGUUGGCCCUUGACCAACUGAUGGAGCUGGAGAAGGCGGAGGACCUGCUGGAUGGAAAGCUGAGCCGGGCAGAAAUGGUAAAGGAUGCGUGGGAACCUGUAGAAGACCUCGUGAUUGACUUGCUACCAGACCAUAUCGACAGAGUCAAGGAGUUUCAGGAAGAAAUUGCACAGAUUAAGGACGAUGUGACGCAUGUGAACGAAUUAGCAUCCACUUUCAAUCUGCCUGAUAUCCAGUUAUCAUCCAGGAACCUGGAACGCAUCGAAGAUCUGAAUACACGCUGGAGCUUGCUCCAGAUCUCCAUCAACGAGCAUCUCAAGCAGCUGACAGAUGCUCAUGGGGAUUUUGGCCUUACACAUGGAUCUGUGGUGACCCCCUUCGAGCAGGGCGUCUCUCCAAACAACGUGCCGUACUACAUCAACCAUCAGACCCAGACAACAUGCUGGGACCAUCCCAAGAUGGCUGAGCUCUACCAGUCUUUGGCCGAUCUGAACAAUGUUCGGUUCUCAGCCUACCGCACAGCCAUGAAGCUCAGACGCUUGCAGAAGGCUCUCUGCUUGGACCUGUUGAGCAUGCCGGCAGCUUGUGAGAUAUUUGACCAGCACGGUUUGAAGCAGAACGAGCAGCUGCUGGACAUCUCUCAGCUGGUCGCCUGUCUCACGAGCCUCUACCAGCGACUUGAGCAGAACCACUCCCACUUGGUCAGUGUCCCGCUCUGCGUUGACAUGUGCCUCAACUGGCUGCUUAACGUCUACGACACCGGUCGCACCGGAAAGAUCAGAUCUCUGUCAUUCAAAACUGGCAUCAUCUCACUCUGCAAGGCUCAUUUGGAGGAUAAAUACAGAUUCCUGUUCCGGCAGGUUGCCAGUGCAACGGGAUUCUGUGACCAGCGUCGACUGGGGCUCCUUCUGCACGACUCCAUUCAGAUCCCCCGACAACUUGGCGAGGUCGCCUCCUUCGGCGGCUCCAACAUUGAGCCCUCCGUCCGCAGCUGCUUUCAGUUUGCCAACAACAAGCCUGAGCUUGAGGCCACCAUGUUCCUGGACUGGAUGCGCCUGGAGCCUCAGUCCAUGGUGUGGCUACCUGUCCUUCAUCGUGUCGCUGCUGCAGAGACCGCCAAACACCAGGCCAAGUGCAACAUCUGCAAGGAAUGUCCAAUCAUCGGCUUCAGAUAUCGGAGCCUAAAACAUUUCAACUAUGACAUCUGUCAAAGCUGCUUUUUCUCUGGCCGUGUUGCAAAGGGGCACAAGAUGCAGUACCCCAUGGUCGAGUACUGCACCCCGACGACAUCAGGAGAGGACGUCCGGGACUUUGCCAAGGUGCUGAAGAACAAAUUCAGGACCAAGCGCUACUUCGCCAAACACCCACGGAUGGGCUACCUGCCCGUGCAGACCAUCCUGGAAGGAGACAACAUGGAAACUCCUGUCACACUGAUCAACUUCUGGCCUGUAGACCAUGCGCCUGGAUCUUCCCCUCAGCUCUCACAUGACGACACGCACACGCGGAUCGAGCACUAUGCCAACCGGUUAGCAGAAAUGGAGAAUCGUAAUGGCUCUUAUCUCACUGACAGUAUCUCACCCAAUGAGAGCAUCGAUGACGAGCACAUGUUGAUCCAGCACUACUGCCAGUCUCUGAACCAAGGCUCUCCUCUCAGCCAGCCCCGCAGCCCCGCCCAGAUCCUCAUCUCCAUGGAGACAGAGGAGAAGGGAGAGCUGGAGAGGGUCCUUAAUGACCUGGAGCAGGAGAACAGGAAACUGCAAGCAGAGUACGACCGUCUGAAGAAGACACACGACAGAAAGGGUCUUUCCCCACUGCCAUCGCCCCCGGAGAUGCUACCAGUGUCACCACAGUGCACACGUGAUGCUGAGCUUAUCGCUGAGGCUAAGUUGCUACGGCAACAUAAAGGCCGUCUAGAGGCCCGGAUGCAGAUACUGGAGGACCACAACAAACAGCUGGAGUCCCAGCUUCACAGACUGAGACAGCUCCUGGAGCAGACGGAUUCCAAGGUAAACGGCACAGCUCUGUCCUCGCCAUCCACCUCCUCUCAGCGUUCCGACUCCUCUCUCCCUCUGCUGCGUGUGGCUGCCAGCCAAACUACUGAUACAAUGGGUGAUGAUGAGCUGUCCAGCCCAUCCCAAGAUGCAGCUGGGCUGGAGGAGGUGAUGGAACAGCUCAACAACUCUUUCCCUCAAAGUCAGGAAGGGAGAAAGGCACACCCAUGAGAGGUCCCAGCAUUGGCAGUUUGUUUCACAUGGCUGACGAUCUGGGCCGUGCCAUGGAGUCACUGGUCAGUGUGAUGACGGACGAACGGAGCACCAAACAGCACGAGGCCCUGCACUUCUGAUCCUGCCUUUAAUCUUCAGCCCCAACUCCCCCCUCUCCUCCAUCCCUCCCUACUUUCCUACCUAUCGCAUGCUUUUCUAGUCAAAACAACUGGAUUGGAAACAGUUUACAAAGAGAAUAUAUAUAUAACAUUUAUUUUUGUGAAAGAUUAAAGUUCCAGCAAGGUCUCAUCAAAAAAG